AUGGCCCCCGCGACCGCCAUAACCCUCUAUUCCACCCUCGCCCUCCUCUGCACCACCGCUUUCCUGAACGUGGGCGGCGCUUCACCGGUCCUCGACCCCGUGUCCUCGACACAGCACCUCCUGCAGCCCGAGCCCGAGCUCGAGCUGGAGCCAGAGCAUCAAGACCCAGCGUCCUACCCCCUCCACCCCAUCACCGACUCCCCCUCCCUCUCCCCCUCCUCCUCAGAGGAGGAAGCAUACAAAGCCCCCAGCUGGUUCGAGUCCACCCUCCUCGCCCGCCGUCUCCUCGCCCUCUCCCCCACCGGCACCGCCUCGACCAUCUUCCCCUCCCCCCUCCCCGCCCACAGCCGCGCCUACGCCCACAUCCCCGCGGAUGUCGCCGGCCACUCCAUCAGCCUGACCGAGUACCUGUCCGACUGCGAGCACGCGCUUUCCCCCACCUCAUCAUCAUCAUCCACCGAAAGCGAAAGCGAAGGACAAGACGAAGGCAACCCGAUCUUCCUCGCCCUCACCAUCGCCACAACCUUCCGCAACACGGCGCACGGGUCGAAUCUGUCCCUGUCGCUGUCGUGGUGGGACCACGUCAACCGCACCGAGCCCGUGUUCCCCGGGUUUCCGCUCAGUCCCGCGGGGUUGCCCCGCGUCACGCUCCUGGGGUAUGUGGAGGCGAUCGAUUUCGAGGCGGUGGCCCGGUCGACUGGUCGGGCCGAGGGGGCGAAGGAGGCGGAGGCGCGGCUGACGGAGUGCUAUCUGCGGGCGCAUCCGGAUGCGAAGGCGUGGUUGCCGGGCCGGAAGGGGGCGCCGCAUGAGAGCUUCUGGGCGCGGUUGGUGGUGGAGCAGGUUUAUUGGGUCGGGGGGUUUGGCGGGUUGCAGCAGAUUGGGUGGGCGAAUCUGUCGGAGUGGAGGGGCAUUGGGCGGUGGGGGUCGGCGGGGGAUUUGGGGGAUGGGAGUCGGAGGGGGUGGGAGGGGGUGCGGUUGCCUGGGGAGGAUGAGUAG